GUUCUCCAGUCGGGUUCAGGGUUUGGAGCAGUUGGGGUUAAUUUCCGCCCAGUGGUGGCCGUUCAUAUUAAGUGGCCUUCAACUUUUCUCUGUCGACUGCCGACGCCAUGUCCAACAAUAAUGCAAGCAACAACUUAAUCAUCGCUCAGAGGGCCGUGAAGCAGCUCCGACUAGAAGCCAGUAUCCGAAGGAUCAAGGUGUCCCAGGCGGCUGCUGAGCUGAGAAACUUCUGUCUGCAAAAUGCCAACAAGGACCCUCUCCUGGUCGGGGUCCCCUCCAGUGAUAAUCCCUUCAGACCCCCAAAGUCCUGCUCCCUGUUCUAAGAGGGAACCAUGGAAGAUUUCUGAGUUCAUCUUUCGAAGGCUUUCGCUCCAACUCAGUGUCGCUGUGGAUUGACCAGCUGCUCCUUUUGGGAAAAUGCAUCAUGGGACUGAUGGGUUCGGGGCAAGAGGGCUUUUCAAAUUGUUUGCCAAAACUAAUGGUAUAAUAACUCCAAUCUGUUACACUAUUACAGGGCCAAACUCUGUUGGUUAGAAAAAAUAUUAUGACACUAACUUGACUAAUGAUUAAGCCUCCCCACGUUAUCCACUACAUUAAAUAUCUGGUCUCAAUUUACUGCCCUGAUGGUGUCCGUCUCCAGGCAGCAAAAAUCAGCCAUUGUGACUGGCUGCUGAAAGUAGAAAUUCCUUUUGUGCUGUGCGUCACAGAUGGAGAAGCCAUCAAACAUUGAUUUAAACAGGUGCUGUUAAAGAAUAAAAAUGUAUUGUAUUAUAUAUGAACUGUGUUUCAUAUUGUGGCCAACAGACAUACUGUUAGCUUCUGAGCUAAACUGAUUUGUGUCUUAAUACAUGUAUUAAUACUAAAGGUGUUCAUAGAGGUGCAACAGGUACAAACUUAAACCCUAUCAGCACAGGCAUGUGAUGGCCAAGUAGCCUUUCAUCUUCUCUUUUUCUGUAUAUAUUUAAUAGCCUUUUAAGAAUGCUUUUAAUUGCCUUGAUGUUCUGGUCUUUAAUAUAAAAGAAAUGACAUGGCCUUUAAAAGUGUCUGGGUAAGAAAGUCCCUCCAACAUUUAACUCCUGACAUGCAAAUAGUAUGAAAAGUUAAACAGCACAUGCUAAAAUAUCAAUUAAAAAAUCAAUUUACUUUAAAAUGAUUCAUGCAGCAGUGACUCGUUGCAUUUAUUGUUUCCCACACUGGAAUUGUAUUCAAAUCAACCAAAAUCUGUACUACUGUAGCCUGUAUCUUUCCUGACUUUGCUUUUGUGGGCAACCUUUUUAGAAAUUAAAUGCCUCGUUUUCUGGA